GGUGUCUUCCUGUGACCAUAGAAACGGAACCCGUUCUCUUUCAGCUGUGCUCGGAGGAAGGGUUACUUAACUCUGGCACCUGAGGGUCAGCUACACAGAGCCGCCUCACCUCGGGACACCCCAGGGCACUCACCCUCUGCGUCCAGCUGAGAUGGGAUGCCACUCCAGCAAGAGCACCAAGGUGGCGGGGGAGUCCCAGAAACCCGCAGAACAGCCCGAGGGAGAGGAGCCAAAUCUGGGGGCUGGCACAGAGGCAGCAGAUGGCAAAGACGCCUCCUUGAAGGAAGGUGCCCCUGAGCAGAAGAACUGAGGUGCUUCUCUCUGGAUUCGGACCCUCACCUCAUCCGUGGAACUGCCUUUGGGCCAGUGAGACUCGGGGCAAACCCCAUCCUGAGAAGCUCCAAAGAGAGGGAGGAGAGAGAAAUCCCCGCCUUUGGGAUUCAGGCUUCAGAAAUUACCUUCAUCGGGCUUUGCUCUGGAGCUGAGAGGGACAUGCGGCCACGGGGGGUCCUAUUUCCCCAGCUCUCCGCCAGAGAGGACGAAAGAAGUCUUCACACAUCCUGGGACUUUCCCUGAGCUUCUGGAAACGGGGGAGCCCCAUAGCAGACUGCUCUGGCUCUGGUGAAUCUCUGCUGCUAAGCUGUGACUGUCUAGUGACCCUACCCCCUUCCAUGUGCCUCACUUUCCUGAACUCUGAAAGCUCUGUGGUCACAGCAUCGAUGGGGACGUGUGGCACUCAGUUUCUUUCUUUCCUUCUUUCUUUCUUUCUUUUUUUUUUUUUUUUUGGUUUGUUUUUUUCUCUCUCCUUUUUUCUAAUAGCUGGCUGAAUAGCCAGUGCCCGUCACAGGAAGGUUUGGGGUUUGGCUCACUCCACACUGUUUGUAUGAAUACUUUAAUAUUUAACUUGGAGAAUUGUUAAUGAAUUAUGGGAACAAUCGGGAUCAGACUGUGAUCAUGGCAAUGGGAGACAACAAGGCCUUGAUCAUCCAGUAAGUGGAACACAGAGUGCUGGUGGGAAGGAAGGAGGAGGGAUUCGUGUUCUUGGUUUUUUAAUCCCCAGAAAAAUGUCCCUCUGCUGAUGUUCCUGUGUCUCCUCUCAUCAAGAGUCUGUCAAUCUGAACCCUCUAGCGUCUGAGCUAUCUGUAUCCAGCCUUUGGAAAUACUUCGCUGUUUACUGACAUGUCUGUCAGCUUCUCUUUUUUCCCCCCUUGCAUGUGUUUUGUUUUUAAUUUGACCCCAAAGCAUUUUAAUUUGAAAUCAAAUGGAUAUGUUUGCAAAUAAAUGAUGACAUAA